AUGGUGUCUAUCUCUCCGGAAAACGUGAUCCAAGCAGCGGAUGCUGCCAAUGUCAUCUCAGAGUUCGUAGCUCAAGAGCAAGUCUGCUCUCCCACGGACUUAUGCAGCACUCUUUUCAAGCUUUCUGAUAGUGCAAGAACUCAGAGCUUAGAGUCAAGUCUUGGCUCCGUAGGUGUGGUUGUCCUCUGUGCUUCUGCGGUCCUUCACACAGCAGAGACUGUUAUGUCAAUGGUGAAAGAGCUAGUUAAGACGACUAAACACAGAAGCGUUGUUCUCGUUCUCUGUGGUGGCAUUGGCCACUCGACACAGCUGAUGCAUGAUGCUCUAGCUCAGCACCCGGAGUAUUGUCGUAUUAGCGGUCAAGUUCACGGACAACCAGAGGCCCGUAUACUAGAAAUCAUUGCAGAACAGUUCUUCCACCUCAAGGUCGAGAAGAACAUACAAGCACCUGCAGAAGGCACCGCGCCAAGCCAAGGGCUUACCAUACUUGUCGAAGAUACUUCAACAAAUUGCGCACUCAAUGCCGUAAACACGAGAAAGGUAUUGGAUAUGUAUGGAUGCACAUCACCAGCUUCUAUUGUAGUCGCCCAAGAUCCCACCAUGUGCCGGCGCACCGUUGCUGCGUUUAAACAAGUCUACGCGGACAAGAUGGAUGAUGCGCCUAUACUCGCCAGUUGGCCAACAUUCAUUCCCAGGGUGGCGCCUAAAGACUUUGCGCCUUCGGAACAAACUAACAAUCUCGCCCGUUGUUUGCGUUACGAUGUUGAUGGGUGGAAUAACAGUCGCAACAAUGGCCUAUGGAGCAUGGAUCGGUUUAUGUCUCUACUUAUAGGAGAAAUCCCACGAAUAAGAGAUGAUGAGAACGGAUAUGGUCCUCGGGGCAUAGGUUCUAUCACCCAUGUUGAGAUACCCAUGGAGGUGGAGGAAGCUUGGGGGACUCUUUGCGAUUUACUCGGACAGAGCGGGCGAUAA